AUGCAGCCAGACAUCGUGGAGUGGCAGAGCAGCUACGCCAUACUGACAGCAGAGUUCUUCAACGACAGAUUAAAGCAGCUGUACGCUGACCGGCUGGAGACGCUGAGAUGUGCCAACGAACAGGAUCCAGAUAACUUAUGCCUUGCUGCUCUUUAUCUGGAGGCCAGAGCUAAAAACGGAGAAAACGUCCAGGAUGAAGCAAGAGAGUUGGCUGGAAAGCUGAAAGAGAAACCUGCCAACAGCUACAGUGGAGUCAGCCCAUUGCUGAGUCUGAACAGAAAGUUUAAACUGGAAGACGACGCUGAUGAAUCUCCAGAUGAAGCUUUGAAUCAAACCCCACAGCAAAGAUCUGAUGCUGAGAGUCUCACAAAGAAGAUCCUUUCUAAGGGCUACGAACUUGACAACAACGAGGUCAACAGAGCAAUCAGACUGUGGGACGAAGUGAUUCAGAAUGAUCCUCAACCCAAACUUGAAGAUAAAAUCACUGUAGCAUCCAUACAGGCAAAGCUAGACAAAGAGAAAGCUGAGCAGAUUUACAAAGAGCUGCUGGAACAAAGAGAAGAUCUGGAUCCAGCAGGAAAACAGAUGCUGUACAACUUCUACGCCAAACAUUUAUUUUUUAUGAAAUAUAACAGCCGCGAGUCAACUGAGUACCACAUGAGGGCAGCAGAGAUCCAAGAAGAAUCAAAAUAUCGACACGCCAGCAUCACAGAACUGAAGAAGACCUUAACAAAAGAAACUUCCAGAAGAAACGGAGACGCUGAUCUGUGCAAACGCAUCAGGGAGCUUCUGGCCAGACUGGGAAUUCAACCUGACACCCAGAACCAAUGAAUGUGAUCAGAACAUUCGUAAAAUAUUUCACAUUAGCAUCAAAUAUGAGCUGAAUAAUUUAGACAAGCAAAUUGUUUUCACAUCUAUGACUGGGUCUUCUUCUGUAACUUGAUUUUUUGCCAAAUAAAAGUUUGAGUUUCA